AAUAUUACCCUUGGAUGCAGCAAUGAACAAGACACUUCCUAAAGCUUACUGUAUGAAAUUUACAGUGCAUUGAUUUUUUAUUUUUUUUCCAAUAUGUAGGAAUCAUCAUGUUGACCUUGGAAUUCUGAGUUCCCUGGCUGUAGGAAAUGGGAAUUUUUGUAGCAUGUUAUCAUUGUUAGCUUAUCUGGUAUUGCGGAUUUUCCCUGUUGCAGGACUGGGCGAAAGCUUUUUCUGCAGCAGUCAUGUUGAAAACCUUGUGUUGACUUUCCUCGUGUUCUGAAAUGGGAGCAUAAAAGUUUACUCCACCACUUCAUCUUAAAAUAGCAAAACUUUGCUGUUUUCUGCAGAUCUAGAACCUUGUUACAGAACUCUACCAAAAAAAAAAAAAUGUUUACAGAAGAAUGUGCUGUGAUUAGAGAAGAAUAUGCUGGUGUGUAGAUUUCAAACUCUCUGGACAAUAUGAAUAACACUGUCUUUGUUUCUACAGUGGGAGCCAAGAAGAAAGGUUUGCUCCCGGGUGGAACAGGGAUUAUCCUCCUCCUCCCCUUAAGAGUCAUGCUCAAGAAAGACACUCUGGCAACUUUCCUGGCAGAGAUUCACUUCCCUUUGAUUUCCAGGGGCAUUCGGGGCCUCCCUUUGCAAAUGUAGAGGAGCAUUCUUUCAGCUAUGGAGCUAGAGAUGGACUGCAUGGUGACUAUCGAGGAGGGGAGGGACCUGGACAUGAUUUCAGAGGGGGAGAUUUUUCAUCUGAUUUCCAGAGCAGAGAUUCAUCACAGUUGGAUUUCAGGGGUAGAGACAUACAUUCUGGGGAUUUUCGGGAUAGGGAAGGACCACCUAUGGAUUAUAGGGGUGGAGAUGGUACUCCUAUGGACUAUAGAGGUAGGGAGACCCCUCAUAUGAACUACAGAGACAGAGAUGCUCACACUGUUGACUUCAGAGGUAGGGAUAUUCCUCCAUCUGACUUUAGGGGCCGGGGCACUUAUGAUUUAGAUUUUAGAGGUCGGGAUGGAUCCCAUGCAGAUUUCAGGGGAAGAGAUUUAUCAGAUUUGGAUUUCAGGACCAGAGAUCAAUCCCGUUCUGAUUUUAGGAAUAGAGAUGUAUCUGAUUUGGACUUUAGGGAUAAAGACGGAACACAGGUGGACUUCAGAGGCCGAGGUUCAGGUACUACUGAUCUAGACUUUAGGGACAGGGAUACGCCACAUUCAGAUUUCAGAGGUAGACAUCGUUCCAGGACUGAUCAGGACUUCAGGGGUAGAGAAGUGGGACCUUGUAUGGAAUUUAAAGAUAGGGAGAUGCCUCCUGUGGAUCCAAAAAUUUUGGAUUACAUUCAGCCCUCUACACAAGAUAGAGAACAUUCUGGUAUGAAUGUGAACAAAAGAGAAGAAUCUACACAUGACCAUACAGUAGAAAGGCCUGCUUUUGGGGUCCAGAAGGGAGAAUUUGAGCAUUCAGAAACAAGAGAAGGAGAAACCCAAGGUGUAGCCUUUGAACAUAAGUCUCCAUCAGACUAUCAUAACACCCAGAGUCCAGUUCAAGACCAAGACAAGUCACAGCUUUCUGGAGGUGAACAACAGAGUUCAGAUACUGGUCUGUUUAAAGAAGAAAGUGAUCUGGACUUUCUUGGCCGACAAGACACUGAUUACAGAAGCAUGGAGUAUCGUGAUGUGGAUCACAGAUUGCCAGGAAGCCAGAUAUUUGGCUAUGGCCAGAACAAGUCUUUUCCAGAGGGCAAAACUGCCCGAGAUGCCCAACGGGAACUUCAGGAUCAAGAUUAUAGGACUGGCCCAAAUGAGGAGAAACCUAGCAGGCUUAUUCGAUUAAGUGGGGUACCUGAAAAUGCCACAAAAGAAGAGAUACUUGACGCAUUUCAGACUCCUGAUGGCAUGCCUGUAAAGGAGUUGCAGUUGAAGGAGUAUAACACAGGUUACGACUAUGGCUAUGUCUGCGUGGAGUUUUCACUCUUGGAAGAUGCCAUCGGAUGCAUGGAGGCCAACCAGGUUGCUUUAUACUUCGGUCAAAUGAUGCUGGAAGGAUAUAUUUUUUUAUAUAUGGGGAGGGAGGGGGUCAAAUGAUUUCACUUUCGAAAGGUACAAGCAAUCUACCUUUGGAGCAUACCACAUUCCUACCAAAAUGUGGUUGUGAGGAGAAACUUAAAAGACUAGAGAGGUUUCUUUAGAAGGGUUAAUGGGCACAGAGUAUAUUUAAAAAAAUAAGUUCCCAGUUGUAGUUGGAUUAGUUUCAAAAGAAUGUAGAUGGAAAAAUAUGACUGAAAUGGGCAUCCUGAUGUAAAAAGCCAUCCUCGAUUGUCUAGAACCCCAGUGAUCUGCCUGGUAUAGAAAUUCUAGGUCAAUGGUUGCACCCAGACCUUGGGUGAAAAUUACUGAUGGUGAUUCUUGUGGCACUAAGGUCCUGCCUACAUGUGUUACUUUUGAAAGAGGACCAUCAGGGAGGAGAGGGGAGUAGCGUGUUCAUGUCUGUCAUUUUCAUCAUUGUUCUUUGCCAGUUGGAGUUGUGUUCCUGUCCCUGGUUGCAUAUAGUCAGAGUUGCUGAAUCUGAAUCUGUACUUACCUUAGGUUUGAACCAUCUGGAGUUAUUCAGCUUACCACAUAGAAUUAUCAUUUGUGUCUUUAACUGAACCCUGACCAGUAGUUGGGAGAAAUUACUAGAUAGAUAGAAUCCUUCUUGUCAUGGUGUUUCCUUGGGAAAAGUAGUUUGCUUUGUGCUAUCUUAGGUCCUCUAUCUGUAAAGUGGGAAAAAGCAGCUUAGGGAUAUAAUUUGAUUUUUAUGUACCCACUGCCUGUACUUACUAGUGUGAGUACAGUAAGCUCAGCAUCUUAAAAGGAGGCUCUUCCAGAGAAGAGUAAGUAUGAGAUCUUUUCUGUAGUCUGAUGGCCUUUCCUCAGCUUUGUUCCACUCAACAUGGCUCAUAUACUUAAUUGUUCCCUUCUUUGGUAGUGUUUUCCCCUUAUGAGUAUGGAGAUGACAUGAUGUAAAUGCUUUGAGGAAGCAUUAAUUAGAGGCGACUUUUUACCCUCCUGGAGGUACUAGGGUUUGAACUCAGGACUUUGUGCUUGUUAGGCAUAGAGGAAACUUUUGAUGUAUCCUUACCUCUUGUUAGUAGUAGCACUCAGAUCAUCAAAGAAUAACUGAAUUAAAUAACUGUUCAGUGUUAAAUCAGAUAUUUAACAAAUAUUAUGUAUCAGAGAUUAUGCUACUACCAGUUUUAAAGAAUGAAGGUUCCAGUGUAUAUGCUUAUGAUUGAUUCUAUUCUGACAGUGUCCAAAUUUGAAAACACUAAUUUAAUUCAUAAGCUAUGUGUUCUUACCAGUCUAAUACCAUUACACUAAAUUCUUUGAGCAGUAGAAAUAUGUGUGGGAGAAUCCUGAUAGGUGCCAUCUCUUUUUUUUUAAAUUCAUUUAUUCACAUGUGCAUACAAUGUUUGGGUCAUUUCUCCACCCUACUCCCUUCCCUCACCCAUCUCUUUUGUAUUAUUUCCUCUAUCAUGUACUUCUCCUAAAGUAGCAUUGCUUUUUAUCAGUGAUAUUUGAUCUUUGAUCUUAAAAACAUCAAUAUUGUCUCUUAAUUGCUUCCUCUGUCCAUUCCAACAAAAAAUCCUGUCUGAAGUGUCCAGCACCCUAAAGAGUAGUAUCAAAUAGAACUAGGUUUUCAAUUGGAGCUACAUCUGGUAAAAUGUUUGUUUAUACCAAUAGCAUUGAGAGGAAAUGGUUUAUAUACAUCUCUCCCCACUCUUCUCAGCCAUUUUGUGAAUACUCUUAAGGGGUCCCAAAUACCUGAUUAAUGCCCAGUGAUUAGGACUCCAAAACAAAACAGGAACAAAGGCAGUAUUCUUCUUGGUGUGAAAUAAAGUGUUUUAUUAGGUAGCAAUUCUUAUGCAUAGGGUGCCAUGUGGUGCUCUGGUUCAAGAUUACAAUUAAGAGAUAGCCUCCUAGCCAGAUACGAUGGUGCUCUCCUUUAAUCCCAUCUUUCAGGAGGCUAAAGCAGGAGAAUCUCAAGUAUGAGACCAGGCUGUGUUAUAUAAUGAAAUCCUGCCUUAAAAAACUAAAAAAGAUGUUGGGGCAUAGCUUAACUGGUACAGCAGCUGCCUAGCAAGCAUGAGGCUCUGAGUUCAAGCCCUCCCAUCCCCUGCAAAAAAGGUCUCAUAAAAUAUAUAGAAUGUGAGGGAAGAAAUCUUGUCUCCUCAAAGUACAUAAAGUGUUUAUAGACGAUGAAGUAUGUCCUCCCAUUCAUCCAAUUCUCCUUUUUUCCAAGUUUUACUUAUAGACCAUGUUGGUGCAAAUUCUGAGUCAUCAGAGAUCUGUUGGGCACCUCUAUGCAGGGCCUGAGUGUGUUUCUGUAUGCUUCUGAGAUUUCUGUGAUAUGAUUUGAGUUGAGACUUUUAUAACUCUUUGUUAUCCUCUUGAGGAUGUGAAAUGUCUUUUAUUUAACAUUGAUACUUAAAGGUCUAGGGAUGGGCAUAAAGGAGCUUUCUGCCAGCUUGCUUUGUUAAGUAUGGUGGGUUAUAUGUGCAUUAGUAAGGUUGCUCAGGAUGAUAACCAAGGCACCUUUACCUCCCUUCUCAGUGCCUGUGUGAAGAUGUCAAACAGGAGGACUCUCUGCAGCAGUACUGAACAUUGUGGUUGGGGGAUUGAAUAGGGGGUAUUACAGUAGCUGUCUGUCUAUCUGGGGAAAUAAUUUCCAGCAGUUAUGAAGUUAGAAGUCUUUUAGCUUAUGUUUUUGCCAUCUCUGUCUAGGAGAAAGAAGCAGCCAGAAUGAGAGUCAGAGCCUCUCAUUCUGUCCCUACUAGGAAAUAUAUUUCUAGCACUGUCAUUUGUCCUUGUCUUUUUUUGUUGUCUCAGUCCAUGUGGAUUGAGAAGACUAUCAUGUCCUUUUGCAAUGUGUGCCAUUCCACUGGGAUUUGGGGAGAUAAGUAAGAAACAUGUUAAGAGUAUUGAUUCCUUUCAGUGGUUGCCCUGAAACUGUUGGCAUUUGGUCUGUAGGAAUAUAGCAUUUUAUUUUAUCAAAAGUUUUGGUGUGAUACUUGUUGCCUGUUCCCAUUUGUCCAAAUCCUC